UCUUACUGUUCGCACAAUGGUGAACUUUACCUUGAUACCAGUGUUACUCUGCACCUUCAGUUGGAUCUCUGUCUCAGUCUCUGAGUUUUACACAUUGGAGGUUCAGCCUGGUGAAGAAGUCACACUGCUGUGCUCCAACUUUAGCAGCGUUCCUAUGAGGAUAUUCUGGUUAAAACUGGUCAAUGGACCCAAUAUCACCCGCAUAUCGUCUAUGCUCACAUCUGAUCAAAAUACUUCAUUUUAUGAUGGAUUUGGCCCUGGCAGAUUUAAUAUGACAUCCAACACCACCACUCUCUUUCUGAACAUUAAACCUGUGGAUUUAUCUGACUCUGGGCUGUACCUCUGCGGAUUUUACACAGAACAAGGCUUAGUAACAGUCUCACUGAUGGCUGCAAAUUUAAAGGUUCAAGUCAUAGCUGAUCAGUUUAUAAGUGUGAUAACUGUGAUCCUGGCCGGUGUAACAGUUUUCCUUCUUAUAAUCAUCAUCUGUCUGGUCGUCAAAAUCCGGACACUUCAUACAGCUCAACACGGGGAAGUGAAUCCACAACACACUGAGAACGUGGGCUCUGAUUCUCUCAACUACGCAGCUGUGAGUUUCCGUCCCAAAGCAAAGAGCAGCAGAAGGCCUGCAGCAGAGAGAGAACUGGAACCACAUGUAGUGUACGCUGCCACAAGAUAGACUCAACAUAAUUCAGCUCAACUCAUGCUUUAUCACAGUGAGCUGCUUGUGGGCUGUUUGUGUGGCUGGUGGACGAGAGA